CGGAACCGGAAGUUCUCGUGCUGUGGGGCUCGGCUGGUUCAUUUAUGUUGUUUUUCCUGUGCUGAAGUUCCCGCUGUAGGUGGUACCUUUGCAGACGGUGCGAUGGGGGAAGCAGAGAAGUUUCACUACAUCUAUAGUUGUGACCUGGAUAUCAACGUCCAGCUUAAGAUAGGAAGCUUGGAAGGGAAGAGAGAACAAAAGAGUUAUAAAGCUGUCCUAGAAGACCCAAUGUUGAAGUUUUCAGGACUAUACCAAGAGACAUGCUCUGAUCUUUAUGUUACUUGUCAAGUUUUUGCAGAAGGGAAGCCUUUGGCCUUGCCAGUGAGAACAUCCUACAAAGCAUUUAGUACAAGAUGGAACUGGAAUGAAUGGCUGAAACUACCAGUAAAAUACCCUGACCUGCCCAGGAAUGCCCAAGUGGCCCUCACCAUAUGGGAUGUGUAUGGACCCGGAAAAGCAGUGCCUGUAGGAGGAACAACGGUUUCGCUCUUUGGAAAAUACGGCAUGUUUCGCCAAGGGAUGCAUGACUUGAAAGUCUGGCCUAAUGUAGAAGCAGAUGGAUCAGAACCCACAAAAACUCCUGGCAGAACAAGUAGCACUCUCUCAGAAGAUCAGAUGAGCCGCCUUGCCAAGCUCACCAAAGCUCAUCGACAAGGACACAUGGUGAAAGUAGAUUGGCUGGAUAGAUUGACAUUUAGAGAAAUAGAAAUGAUAAAUGAGAGUGAAAAACGAAGUUCUAAUUUCAUGUACCUGAUGGUUGAAUUUCGAUGUGUCAAGUGUGAUGAUAAGGAAUAUGGUAUUGUUUAUUAUGAAAAGGACGGUGAUGAAUCAUCUCCAAUUUUAACAAGUUUUGAAUUAGUGAAAGUUCCUGACCCCCAGAUGUCUAUGGAGAAUUUAGUUGAGAGCAAACACCACAAGCUUGCCCGGAGUUUAAGAAGUGGACCUUCUGACCAUGAUCUCAAACCCAAUGCUGCCACAAGAGAUCAGUUAAAUAUUAUUGUGAGUUAUCCACCAACCAAGCAACUUACAUAUGAAGAACAAGAUCUUGUUUGGAAGUUUAGAUAUUAUCUUACGAAUCAAGAAAAAGCCUUGACAAAAUUCUUGAAAUGUGUAAAUUGGGAUCUACCUCAAGAGGCCAAACAGGCCUUGGAACUUCUGGGAAAAUGGAAGCCGAUGGAUGUAGAGGACUCCUUGGAGCUGUUAUCCUCUCAUUACACCAACCCAACUGUGAGGCGUUACGCUGUUGCCCGGUUGCGACAGGCCGAUGAUGAGGAUUUGUUGAUGUACCUAUUACAAUUGGUCCAGGCUCUCAAAUAUGAAAAUUUUGAUGAUAUAAAGAAUGGAUUGGAACCUACCAAGAAGGAUAGUCAGAGUUCAGUGUCAGAAAAUGUGUCAAAUUCUGGAAUAAAUUCUUCAGAAAUAGAUAGCUCCCAAAUUAUAACCAGCCCCCUUCCUCCAGUCUCUUCACCACCUCCUGCAUCAAAAACAAAAGAAGUUCCAGAUGGCGAAAACCUGGAACAAGAUCUCUGUACCUUCUUGAUAUCGAGAGCCUGCAAAAACUCAACACUGGCUAAUUAUUUAUACUGGUAUGUGAUAGUGGAAUGUGAAGAUCAAGAUACUCAGCAGAGAGAUCCAAAGACCCAUGAGAUGUACUUGAACGUAAUGAGAAGAUUCAGCCAAGCAUUGUUGAAGGGUGAUAAGUCUGUCAGAGUUAUGCGUUCUUUGCUGGCUGCACAACAGACAUUUGUAGAUCGGUUGGUGCAUCUAAUGAAGGCAGUACAACGCGAAAGUGGAAAUCGUAAGAAAAAGAAUGAGAGACUACAGGCGUUGCUUGGAGAUAAUGAAAAGAUGAAUUUGUCAGAUGUGGAACUUAUCCCAUUGCCUUUAGAACCCCAAGUGAAAAUUAGAGGAAUAAUUCCGGAAACAGCUACACUGUUUAAAAGUGCCCUUAUGCCUGCACAGUUGUUUUUUAAGACAGAAGAUGGAGGCAAAUAUCCAGUUAUAUUUAAGCAUGGGGAUGAUUUACGUCAAGAUCAACUUAUUCUUCAAAUCAUUUCACUCAUGGACAAGCUGUUACGGAAAGAAAAUCUGGACUUGAAAUUGACACCUUAUAAGGUGUUAGCCACCAGUACAAAACAUGGCUUCAUGCAGUUUAUCCAGUCAGUUCCUGUGGCUGAAGUUCUUGAUACAGAGGGAAGCAUUCAGAACUUUUUUAGAAAAUAUGCACCAAGUGAGAAUGGGCCAAAUGGGAUUAGUGCUGAGGUCAUGGACACUUACGUUAAAAGCUGUGCUGGAUAUUGCGUGAUCACCUAUAUACUCGGAGUUGGAGACAGGCACCUGGAUAACCUUUUGCUAACAAAAACAGGCAAACUCUUCCACAUAGACUUUGGAUAUAUUUUGGGUCGGGAUCCGAAGCCUCUUCCUCCACCAAUGAAGCUGAAUAAAGAAAUGGUAGAAGGAAUGGGGGGCACACAGAGUGAGCAGUACCAAGAGUUCCGUAAACAGUGUUACACGGCUUUCCUCCACCUGCGAAGGUAUUCUAAUCUGAUUUUGAACUUGUUUUCCUUGAUGGUUGAUGCAAACGUUCCAGAUAUUGCACUUGAACCAGAUAAAACUGUGAAAAAGGUUCAGGAUAAAUUCCGUUUAGACCUGUCGGAUGAAGAGGCUGUGCAUUACAUGCAGAGUCUGAUUGAUGAGAGUGUCCAUGCUCUUUUUGCUGCAGUGGUGGAACAGAUUCACAAGUUUGCCCAGAUACAGCUGCUGAGGAUCACGGGGAUGAAAGGCGUGGACUGGGCUCACACAGCUAAUAUCUCUGGACAUGUCUAGGAUGGCUGAUAAGUUUGGUUACAAAGAUCCCUCCAGGUAGUGGUUGUCUACUGCUGCCAGGCACCAGCUGCAGGCCAUUGUACCAUUCUUCUGAAGUGCCACAGGAAAAUUAUACCAUUAGCAAGACUGGCAUCAGCAAGCAGUUCGCAGUGUUGAUUGUUCUUGGUUUCGCAGGAUUUUAUAGGAGAUGGACCUUCUCCUAAAAGUCUUAUCUUCUAAGUCUCCUAAGUCUUGGAUUUUUCAAGGCCAAAGACUUAAAGGCCAAGUGGACCAUAGGGGAGAUCUAGUUUCCCAUCCAGACAGCCAAGCUCAUGCAUCCCUGGAUUUGGAUGGAUGGUUUCCCAUGGGGCCUUGGACAGAUUGGACCCAGCACUGGCACAGGGUUGACUUGGAGGAAUAAGCUCCUGGAAACCUCGAUUAGUGUUUGGUGUAUGAACAUUAAACAAUACUGAAUCUGGAAACAAUACAUCACACAGCGGGUCCAAGGAAAUAAGCAGAAGGCUGGCAGCAGGCCAGGGCCAGGGGCCAAAUCGCUCCUCAAGGACAAUUCUUCAUGGAGAAAUGACAGCAGGUUUGAGGACAGCAGCAUUUUCAGUCUGCAGUCUGGCAUGAGUUCGCUGCACUUCUUCUCCUGCAGGUGACACGUAUUACAUAUUCAGAGAGGUCACAUUGGAUUUCCAUUCUCCAAGCCUGAGAAUUUCGCUCUUGUUGCCCAGGCUAGAGUGCAAUGGUGCGAUCUCAGCUCACCACAACCACUGCCUCCCGGGAUCAAGUGAUUCUCCUGCCUCAGCCUCCUGAGUAGCUGGGAUUACAGGAAAUACGAAAACAUCCUUGCCAUUUGCUGGAAUGGUGUACUGCUGAAGGCAAUGGACACUGAGGUUGUUUGAGCCUAAUCACAAGGGAGCAAUACCAGAUCUAUUAUCUCAGGUUCAGAGAAGCGUGGUGUCUGACCUUCAGACAGGAUCGAAUGCAGAGUAAAAUAAUUCCAAAUAUGGUCUGGGCAUUGCAUGUAAUACAGAGUAAAAGUUAUCGUAAGACACUCUCGCCAGUUUCUGUCACCUGGUUCCUCAGAUGUUUAGUUCAUUCUAAUUACACAAUCAGCCUUCUGAUUCAAUGAAGACUGAUGAGAUUGCUGACUUGCCACCCUGGAGUUCAGUUGGCAGCAAGUGAGGGAAAAGGUGAACUCUGUAACAAGGUUUAGAAGCCCUUCUUUUCUUAACUCCUUAUAAAACAGAGAAGAUGAGGAAGGAGAAAGGCACUGUCGUCAAGCUCUUAGCCAAGGAAUCACACAUACACACACGUGUGUGUGUGUGUGUGUGUGUAUUUCAACUCAAUGUACAAGGACUUCUCAGCCCAUAGCUCCUUUGAGCACAUUGUUUAUCUCCCAUAGCAUGAAGGACUAAAGUAACCAGAGAUUUCAUAAUCUCUGGCCUGUAACAUUUCUGCUGAAAUAUCUGCUGUUGGUCUAAUGGGGUUUCCUUUAAAGGUGACUAGUCACUCUUCUUUUGUUAAUUAAUUUUUUUUCACUUUGACUUUAGGCAUUCUGAAUAUAAUAUGCUAUGAUGAAGCACUUUAUGCAAUGUAUAUUCCUGAGGAUUGCUGGGCCUCCUGUAACUGGAUGUCUGACUCUCUUGCUAGAUGUGGGAAGUUUUCAUCAAUUAUUUUCUUAAACAGGUUUUCUAAGCUUUUAAAUAAUCUUUCUUUCCCAUCAGGAAUACCAAUAAUUUCUAAUUUCAGUCACUUUAUGUGGUCCCAGACAUCGCAAAGGCUUUGUGCACCCCCUUUUAUUCUUCUUUGUUGUUGUUAUCUUUGUCUUACUGGAUUAUUUCAAAAGACUUAUCUUCAAGUUCUGAGAUUUUUUCAACAGCUUGAUCUAUUCUGUUACUGAAGCUUUCAAAUACAUUUUGUAUUUCCUUCAAUAGAUUUUUUUUAGGUUUAGAAUUUCUGCUUUUGCUUUGUAAGAUACCCAUCUCCUUGAUACAUUUCUCAUUAAUACCCUGAGUUAAUUUUCUAAUUUCUUGAAGCUGGCCCAAGGGUGGAAUGCAGCCCAGUGUUAAACUCUCAAAAUUGUGCCUUGGGCCUGUGAACAGAGACAGCAGAUUUCUUCUCAAGUAAGUAGCAUAGAAAAGAGAGAUCCAAAUAAACACAAUCAUAAAUGAAAAAGGAGACAUUAUUACUGAUACCACAGAGGCACAAAGAUCAUCAGAGACUAUUAUAAAUAACUAUAUGAUCACAAACCAGAAAACCUAGAGGAAACCAAUAAAUUCCUGGAAGCAUACAACCUCCCAAGAUUAAACCAGGAAAAGGAGAACUCUUACACAGACCAAUAAUGAAUAGUGAGAUUGAAAUUGUAAUUUGAAACUCUCCCAACAACAACAAAGCCCAGGACCAGGAGGAUUCACAGUGAAAUUCUACCAAACAUGCAGAAAGAACUACUACCAUUCCUCCUGAAACUUUUUCACAAAAUCCAGGAGAAAGGAGCUCUCCCUAUCUCAUUCUACAAGGCCAGUGUCACCUUAUCCCUGAAGAAUAUAGAUGCAAAGAUCCUCAACAAAAUACUAGCAAAUGGAAUCCAACAGCACAUCAAAAAGAUGGUACACCAUAAUCGAGUGGAUCUUAUCCCAGGGAUUCAAUGAUGGUUCAACAUACACAAAUCAAUAAGUGUGAUAUAUCACAUAAGCAGAAUUAAGGACAAAAAUCAUAGGUCAUUUCAGUAGAUGCAGAGAAAGCAUGUGAUACAAUUUAGCAUUAGUUUAUAAUAAAAAUCCUUAACAAACUAGGCAUAGACGGAAGAUACUUCAACAUAAUAAAGGCAAUAUAUGACAAAUCCCCAGUCAACAUCAUUCUUAAUGGAAAAAAGUUGAAAGCAUUCCCUCUAAAAACUGGAACAAGUCCAAGAUGCCCACUUUCACCACUUCUAUUGACUAUAGUACUGAAAGUUCUUGCCAGGGCAAUUGGGCAAGAAAAAAAUAAAAUAAAAGUCAUCCAAAUUGAAAAAAAGAGGAAGUCAAAUUAUCCCUGUUUGCUGAUUUUAUGAUGUUAUAUUUAGAAAAUUCUAAACACUCCACCAUCAUACUCUUAGAUUUGAUAAAUAAAUUCGUGAAGUUUCAGGGCACAAAAUUAGGAAACAGGAAUUUGUAGCAUUUCUAUACACCAAUAAUGUUCUAGCCUGGGACUAAAUCAUGAAGGCAAUCCCAUUCACAAAGAUACAGAAAAUUGUCCCCAAAAAACACACAAACAAACAAACAAAAAAAACCGAGGAAUAUAUUUAACCAAGAGUGGGAAAACAUCUCAAUAAGGAGCACCACAAAACACUAAUGGAAAAAAUUUUAGAUGUCACAAACAAACAAGGAAACAUCUCAUGCUCACUGAUUAGAAGAAUCAUGAUCAUUGUUAAAAUGAUUAUGCUAUCCAAAGCAAUAUACAGAUUCAAUGCAAUUUCUAUCAAAUUCUAAAAUUCAUAUAUAGAACCUAAAAAGAGCAUGACUAGAUAAAGUAGUCUUAAACAAAAUGAACAAACCCAGACCAGAGGCCUCAUAUUACCUGACUUCAAAUUAUACCAUAAGGCAAUAAUAAUCAAAACAGAAUGGUACUGGUAUAAAAAUAGACACAUAGAUCAAUGGAACAGAAAAAAAAAAAAAACCCAGAAAUAAAACCACAUACCUACAACCAACUAAUCUUCAACAAAGUCAACAAAAAUAUACACAAAGGAAAAGCACCCUAUUCAAUCAAUGGUGCUGAGAAAAUUAUAUAGCCAUAUGUAUAAGAAUGAAGCUGGACUCAUACUUUUCACCAUAUACAGAAAUCAACACAACAUGAAUUAAAGAUCUACAAGUAAGACUUAAAACUAUAAAAGUCCUAGAAGAAAAUGUAGUAAAAACACUUCUGGACAUUGGUGUAGGCAAAGAAUUUAUGAUGAAGAUCACAAAAGUGAACACAACCGAAACAAAAAUAGAGAAGUGGGACUUAAUUAAACUAAAAGGCUUCUGCACAGCAAAGAAGCAGUCAACAGAGUAAGUGACAAGCUACAGGAUGGGAAAAGUAUUUGCAACCUAUGCAUUUGACCAGAAUCUGCAAGGAACUCAAACGGCUCAAUAAGAAACAAAAAAUAACCCCAUUAAAAAGUGGGCAAAUGACAUAAACAGAUAUUUUUAAAAAGAAAACAUGUAAAUGGACAAGAAAAAAAAUGUUCAACGUUACUAAUCAUCAGAGAAAUGCAAAUUAAAACAACAAUGAGAUACCAUUUUACACCAGUCAGAAUGGCCAUAUUAAAAAGUCAAAAGCAACAUAUGUUGGCAAAGAUGUGGAAAAAAAGGAAUGCUUAUACAUUGUUAUAGGACUGCAAAUUAGUGCAACCUCUACAAAAAUAUGAUAUGGAGAUGUUUCAAAUAACUGAAAAUAGAACUAGUAUUCAAUCCAGCAAUUUCCCUACUGGGUAUACACCUAAAGGGAAAGAAAUCAUAUCAAAAAGAUAACUGCAUUUUUAUGUUUGUCAUAGCACUAUUAACAAUAGCAAAGAUAUGGAAUCAACUUUUGUCCAUCAACAGAGCAUUGGAUAAAAAAAGGGACAUACAUAUACCAUGAAAUACUACUCAGUUAUUUUAAAAAAUGGUGUAUAUGUACAACUUUUUUUAUCCAGCUUAUCUUUGUUGGGCAUAUAAGUUGAUUCUAUACCAUUGUUAUUGUGAAUAAUGCUGCAGCGGACAUACAUGUGCAUGUGUCUUUCUAAUAGAGCAAUUUAUAUUCCUUUAGGUAUAUACCCAGUAAUGGGAUUGCUAGGUUGAAUGGUAUUUCAGUUUUUAGGUCUUUGAGAAAUCACCACACUCUGUUCCACAAUGGAUGAACUAAUUUACACUCCCACCAACAGUGUAUAUGCAUUCCUUUUUCUCCACAAACGUCCCAGCAUCUGUUAUUUUUUGACUUUUUAAUAAUAACCAUUCUAACUGGUGUGAGAUGGUAUCUCAUGGUUUUGAUUUGCAUUUCUCUAAUGAUUAGUGAUGUUGAAGUUUUUUUCAUUUGAUUGUUGGUUGAUGUAUGUCUUCUUUUGAAGUGUCUGUUCAUCUCCUUUGUCCACUUUUUAACGAGGUUGAUGUUUUUCCUGUAAAUUUGUUUAACUUUCUUAUAGAUGGAAUACUAUGCAGCCAUAAAAGAGAAUGAGAUGUCCUUUGCAGGAACAUAGAUGGAGCUGGAGGCCAUUAUCCUUAGCAAAGUAACAGAGGAACAAAAAACCAAAUACUGCAUGUUCUCACUUAUAAGUGGGAGCUAAGUGAUGAGAACACAUGGACACAUAAAGAGGAACAACACGCACUGGGGCCUAUUGAAGGGUGAAGGGUGGAGGAAGUAAAGUAUCAGGAAAAACAACUAAUGGAUACUAGGCUUAAUACCUGGGUGAUUAAAUAAUCUGUACAAUAAGCCUGUAUAAUGUUUAUACAAAUUUACCAGUGCAAUGAACCUGCACAUAUACCCCUGAACUUAAAAUAAAAGUUUUUAGAAAACAAGAAUGAUAAAACUUUCUCUGUACUAGCAAGGAAAGAUUCCCAAGACAUACUGUUAAGGACAAAAAGCAAGUUACAAAACAGGUUAUAUAAUGAGCUACCUUUCAUGUACACGCAUAUGAGAGGAGUAAGAACAUGUAUUCACAUUUAUUUUCAUUUACAUAAAGAAACACUGGGCGGAUAUAUAAGAAACUAUUAAGAAAGAUAUAUAAUAAAGAGCAGAGUUUCUACAGGGUAGACCAGCCAGAGGUGGAAAAUAAUACUACUCAACCUGCACCUUUCAGAAUAAUUUUUUCAUGUUUUUAAUUUACCUUUACUACCUAUUUAUUUGGUUCGGGACUCCAUUUCCUUCACUUUGAGACCAAGUAAUCAGGCUUCAGACUUGUUACCUCUGCCUGCCAAAGUCACUAACCUCAUGAUAGACAUAAUUUAGGUUAGAAGAAUAACAAAGUUCUUGCUCAACUGUUUCCUUAGAAAAGAACAAACUGAUAAAACAUGUGGGCCCCUAAAAUAUGAACAUUAUCUGUAAGACUGAGUUAAAAUGUGUUCUAAAAACAUCUUCUAAAAAUGUGAAAACAGCAGAGGUAUGACCAUUUGCUAAAAAAAAAAAAAAAUAUGUUGGGGGGACAAUAUGUUAAAAAAUAUGCACGGAAAA